GAGUCCAAACUCUGGGCAUAAAUCCCCCGCCCUUCCCUCCACCUGCUGCUGGUCAGCCAGGUUAAUGGAUAAACUUCCUACCUGCUGAAGCUACAGUGAAACCAACCUGCAGCCCGGAAGAUACACCGCCGGAGACAAACACUGAAACACUGCGGGUUUCUAGAGGGACAACUAAUGUAACCUUAAGUUAAAGACACAUUUUAGCAGUUAUCACCACCGGAACUCAUGUUUUUGUCUCAGAAAACAGGGAAAAGACUCCGAACUCCUCUCUGACCGGAGGUUUCACCCACGUCUGACCGAGGAUUGAUACAAACUUAUCAAAACAAAAACCGGGGACGAUAGCGGGUAAACACCUGGAGAUGGACCGAUACAGGUACUUCAUUUUCAACCAGAAGAGCGUGCUGGUUCUCGGGAUCCUCCAGAUCGCCUGUGCGGGUCUUUGUGUGGUGUGCGGGUUCAUGGACGCUGUUUUCCGCAAGGAUACCGCGCUGAGUACCACCAGGACACCGGUGUGGGGAGGACUGAUCAUGGCCUCUCCAGGGGUUCUGGCGCUGUUUGCCUCCCAAAGAAAAAACUCAAUACUGGUGAGUGCGAUGGUGGUAGCAGCAGGACUCUCCUGUGCAGCUGCAGUGUUUGUAUCAGGUUACUCCUGUCUGACACUGACCUACGGGGAGGAGGACGAGGAGGUCUUCCACCACCACCACAGUCCUGAAGUGACGUUUGUGCUUCAUCGGAUGGUGAAGGGAGCCAACGCCACCAUACUUCUGACCUGCACCAUCAGCCUGGCUCUGUCCUCUCUCAUCGCCUAUGUAGGCAUGCGUAGUCUCCCCUGCUGUGCCUGCUACGAUGCCAGAACUGGACUGGAGACACUGGUUCCUCAGUGUGACCCCAGCGGCACCGAGAUGGUUUGUACUUGGCAAGGAGGUGAUGACAGACUCUUCAUCUCUCCAGCUCAAUCUACAGACCAGGCCACCACUGAGGAAGAGGACGGUUCCUCCAAACUGCCUCCGUACAGCAGGCUGACCUGACAGCUCGUCCACAUUAGAGACUGAUCUAGCACUUCCUUCUUUAUUGUAUUAAUCUCAGAGGGGAGGCAGGCGAUAACUCGGGAUUAUAUUUCUGUAAAGUUUGGCCAACACAUUUCUCAUGUUUUGUAGAAUAAUAGAGAGAAGGAAGCUGACAACUAGAAAUUACUUUUGAUUGUUGUAAAGAGAUAUUUCAGAGAGAUACAUGUCCUUGAUUGGAGUGAGCACUUUGGGCUUUAUUUUCUCUUUUGCCUGAGAUUUCUGCAGCCAUACUCUUUUAAACUUUGCCAAAGAUGAAUAUCUGUGUGUAUGACAUGCCAAGACUGAAGGCAUAAUUCCCUGUGUGCUGUUUGACAGAGUCGUCCUUUUGGUUUAUUAAUUCCAAGAUUUUUUUUUUUAUGUGUAUGUAAUAAAGGAAGCCUCACUAAGCUACUGAUUGAUGGCCUUAAAGAGAAAAAACUCCACAUUUUGAAGGUUCAAAGUUGUUUACUGCAAUGUUACACACACACACAAACAUUGCAAGCAUCUCCCUUUUUCACACACCCUCCUUCAUUUGUGACCUUUUCAUAUCAUAUCAUUCUGUGAUUAGAGAUACAGUCGUGUUACUUGUUCAUGGCUGUUGUAAAGAAAAGUA